AUGGUGGUCUGUGUGGUCUUCCGAGACCUUAUCGGGUUGGUCUCACCCGAGGCUGUGCUGGAGACGGUGUUGCUGCUCAACAGCUUUAGACUGGAGACAGCUGAUAGCGAGGCUUUGGUCUCGACUGCUCUCGCCAAGGUGGAAGAAGGUAAGUUGGCAGCCCUCAUCCUGCCGUUGCAGAAGACUGACGAGGUGGUGACGGGCCUCUCUUGGUUGGGCCAGAAGGCCAGUGAGGUCUGUAAUAAGAUGUGCUUGCCACUGCUUUAUCGAGGGCUCAACAGCACCUCUGCAGUGGUUGAGGCCCUGAUGGCAGUAGCAGCAGGGGGACUGCCUGUCCGUGAUCGUAUCGGGUACGUGUCUCGAGCGGUGGAAGUGCAUACAGCAGAGCACUGUGGACCUCUGGGCCUGGCCGUCUGUCGGCUCAUGGAGGCCGCUGAUACAGAUGCUUACUUGGCCGAGAGAAUCCUUAAGCUGCUGCGUGAUGCGACGCUUCGAUGUUCAGAGCCUUCUAAGGUGGCCUCUUUGUAUGAGGUCUUCCUGAGAGCAGGGCGACGAUGGACCUCGUUGGCUGCUGACCUUUUGUACGUUCCGGUGGGGAUCGAUGCUGAGGGGAUCUUCCGGAAGGUGGUCACGUCUGAAUACGACUAUGUGUCGAAGAGGAUGAUGUUUCUGCAGUGGAUACAGCAGGCACCACCAUCGUCGACAUCACUGCUGCAAAGGUCGAUUGCACCGGUGGACUCUCCCGAUGCGAGGGUGUUAGAGAGGGAAACUCCAAGGCUGAUGAGUACUGGUAUUGAGGAGGAGCUGCCGCAGAGUGCAUACAGACCUGAGAUACUCCCGCCAGGGACCAAGGCCCAGUUGGGAUUUUUCGCGAGAAUGCUGGCGAGGUUGGGUGCCGAGUCUGGUCAGCUCCAUGACCCAGCAAGGUCGGAAGACAUCAGCAAGUUUAUGAACUUCAAGCAGACCAAAUGCUGCGCCCCUGAGGUGAAGUCUUAUGAUGCCUUUGCUGAAUCGGAUGGACAACCAGUUCGGGCCGAAAAUAUAUCUGUCAAUUUGCAGAAGUUGAGGGCCGUGAACUUGGAUGGCGAGGCUGACCUCUUGAAUGGUGGAGGCCCUCGAAUAUCAUUUUCUCCAAUGGUUUUGAGCAUCAGCAGCAUCAGCCAGUUCAUAGUGGGAGUGGCUGUUACAUUGCAAUUUGCUGAUGUCAUUAUGGGCCUCCUCAAGAACACUACUGUUACCUCGGCUACAGGCUCAGAGGACCCUUGGUUGAACGCAUUGCUAGCGGCCAUAGUCGGCGGGGGUUUCUUCGUGGUCGCUGAGUGUCUUAGCCGUCUUGACAUACUGCCAGCUUGGGUCGGGUCGAUGUUCCAUGAUAGAGCACUCAACGCUCAUAGGAAUUGGGAGAGGCAUUUUCGGAGGUCUGUAGUAGAAGCUGGAGUGGCAGUGGCAUCCUCGUGGGCAGCAGCGAACCAUUUGUCAGCAGGCAUCCCUCUCUCGGUUGCUAUUGGUAUUACAGCAGCUAUCGGGUCUGUUGUGAUCUGCCAUUCCUUGGACAUCUUCGCUUGGCAUGGGGCUGACAGUGUAUCGUCGGACAAGGUGGAUCGUGACUGUGUGCAGUCGGUUGGGCCUAGCAAGGCAGCUGGUGAGGAAGCUAGUACAGACGGGGUGAUGGGUGGGUCUAAGUCGGAAGAGCCAUUGCCAUCAUAUACCUGGGAGGAGGUGUCGAAGCAUGCCAGUAGAGAGUCAUGUUGGAUAGUCGUGAAUGGCUUCGUGUAUGAUCUCACCAACUGGUUGGAUCGCCAUCCUGGUGGAAUUCUUCCAAUUUUGAACUGUGCUGGAGACGUGGAUGCAACAGACGUGUUUGUGUCUAACCACCCGCCCAAGGUCGUCAAGAGGAUACUUCCUGCCUUCAAGAUCGGGAGGCUUGAGGGUUAUACUGUAUCUCCAGCCACGGCUGAGUUCCGCAAGCUGGUGUCUGAUAUGGAGGCAUCAGGAUGGUUCGAUACUGACCUCACCUACUACAUGGGCCUUGGUGUAUGGUAUGCUCUACUACUGGCAGGAGCUAUAUAUUCACUAGUGGCAUUGCAAUCAGCUGUACUUGGAGGCUUCCUGAUGGGUCUAGUCUGGCAGCAAGCAGCAUUUACUGGUCAUGACCUUGGUCACAACGCUGUGUUUCACGAUAAAGCCCGAGACGACCGUUGGGCCGUCUUUGUGGGCAACUUUCUGGGAGGAGUCUCCAUAGGAUGGUGGAAAGCAACACACAACGUUCACCACGUUGUCACCAACUCCAUACCGUCCGAUCCGGACAUACAGCACAUGCCGGUCCUCGCGGUGACCUCGAAGAUCGCCCUACCUCAGGACGCCGAGCAUGCGGCUAAGGGCUUCUGGAGCAACUACCACGAGAAGUACUUCCCACUCGAUGCUGUGGCCAGGAAGGUUCUACCUCGUCAGCACUACCUAUACUAUAUUGUUAUGCUCGUUGCACGCUUCAAUCUCUAUCUACAGUCAGUUCUGUUGCUCACAGCCGACAAGAGAACUAGGCUCAUGAAGGGCGUUAGAAGCCCGAAGUGGGAGCUUGCUGCCCUUGCUGGCUUUGCUAUAUGGUACGUCUAUUUGGUGUCGUUCUUACCAUCAUCAGCGGCACGCUUUUUGUUUGUUUUGAUCUCGCACUCAGUGGCUGGGGUGCUUCACAUCCAAAUCACCUUGUCCCAUUUUGCCAUGCCAACCUAUGAUGUGGACCAGAGGCCCCUCAAGGUGGAAGCAGCCACUGCCAUCACCGAUAAGGUUGACCAUCCAGCGUUUUUGGCGCAUCAGCUGAGGACAUCAUUGGACAUAACCUGUCCAUGGUGGUUGGACUGGUUCCAUGGCGGUCUGCAGUUCCAGUCCGCACAUCACGUAUUCCCGAGAAGUCCGCGGCACAAGGCGCGGCAGUUGAGCAUCAUUAUCAAGGACUUCUGCAAAAAGCACGGUAUGGUAUACAAUGAGGUUGGCUUUGUGGAGGCCAACCGUAUGGUGCUCAAGACUUUAUCUAAUGUCGCGUUAGACACGCAUAAUUAUAUAACAGAAAUGGCAAAUCUCGAAGGCUGAGCUCCUCCUUCUCCUCCUCAUCGUAGAAGUACUUGCUGAUUUUCGUCGACUUACAUGCUACUGUCGCUUCAAUUUUCGUUCGAUAUCACAUGGUGCUGAAGUUUUGCGUAUGGCUCUGGGUAGCCCCCCAAAAGAUUUUCAUUGUAAGAAUUA